GGAGAAAUGGGCAGAUAACUCUAUUUUACUAUGUCCAAUCGUGGUGAACGUCUGGUCUUCGUAACAGUAGGGACAACUAAAUUCGAUUCUUUAAUUAAGACAGCCACUUCUAAGUCAUGUUGUCAGCUUUUGAAAUCUUUAGGAUAUAAUAAACUUGUUCUACAAAUUGGGAAUGGAGACUAUGAACCAGAUGCAUUGGAAAAUGAAGACUUUUCUGUGAAAUGUUUUCAUUUGAAGAAUUCUAUUCAAGAUGAUAUACAAUCAGCUGACCUUGUCAUCUCACAUGCAGGUGCUGGCAGUAUACUUGAUGCUCUUGGGGCCGGCAAACAUUUGGUUGUGGUUAUCAAUGAAGAGUUGAUGGGAAAUCACCAGACCGAGCUAGCUAGUCAGUUGGCAAAUGAUGGACACCUCUACUUCUGUACCUGCAGCACACUGGAAAAUACUCUGAAGACUGCUGAUUUCUCCAUCUUAAAACCAUACGCUCCAGGAAAACCUGAAAAGUUUGCAUCAUUUUUGGACCAAGUGAUGGGAUAUGCAUAAAAUAUUAUGUCUCGAUUUCUUUUUAAAGAAAUUUAAAUCAUGUGCAAAAUCUGUGUCAAUGGAAAAAAUGAUGCAGUGGCAACUUGCUCUCAUGGUUGUCUGUUACCACUAAAGAUGGGGUCCAGAUUUUGUGAAAGGCAGGUUAUUCUGUAACCACAACCAGGAUCAAUCCCCGUUGGCGAGCCCAUUGGACUAUUGUUCAAUUCAGCCAGUGCUCCGCAAUUGGGUAACAAAGGCCAUGGUAUGUAAUAUCCUGUCUCUGGGAUGAUGCAUAUAAAAUAUCCUUUGUUGCUAAUCGAACAAGACUAAGCCAUGGUUGCAGUGAAUUGUGAUUAAGGUGUGAAGUUAUGGAAUGAAUAACCGUAUCGACAAUAUAUAAAAUAUUUGUUUUUAUUAAAUAAAUAUUUAUUGCAAAA